CAGUUAGUUUUAACAAGUUAUUAAGAAACGGUUCACGUAGAGCUAAACGAGUACAUUGGAUAAAUUUGUCAAUCCAUAUUUAGUCAAAAAGAAAACGUAGCAAUUUGCCAGAAAAAUGGUUCACGAGAAACGGAAAGAUUACGUGUGCGACGUGUGCCAACAAACAUUUUCACGGCAGAACAAUUUGUCAAGACACGACAAAUUAGUUCACAAAAGACAAAGAGACUACGUAUGUGAUGCGUGCCUAGAAAAAUUUACAACAAAUCAGAACUUAAUACAUCAUCGCAAAAUAGUUCAUGAAGGACGAAAAGAUUACGUAUGUAACGUGUGUCAAAAAGCAUUUGGAAGCAAUCACAACUUACAGACCCAUCACAAAACCGUUCACGAAGGGCAAAAAGACUACUUAUGCGACGUGUGCCCAAAAGCGUUUACAGUAAAACACAACUUGAUACUUCAUCUUAGAUCAAGUCACCAAGGGAAAAAAGACUACUUAUGUGACGUGUGCCCAAAAGCAUUCACAUCAAAACAGAACUUGAUACUUCAUCUUAGAUCAAGUCACCAAGGGAAAAAAGACUACUUAUGUGACAUGUGCCCAAAAGCAUUUACAUCAAAAAGAAACUUAACACUUCAUGUCAGAUUAAUUCACGAAGGGCGACAAGACCACGUUUGUGAUGUGUGUCAAAAAGCAUUCACAUCAAAACACAACUUGAUACUUCAUCUUAGAUCAAGUCACCAAGGGGAAAAAAACUACUUAUGUGACUUGUGUCCAAAAGCAUUUACAACAAAACAAAACUUAACACUUCAUGUCAGAUUAAUUCACGACGGGCGAAAAGACUACGUAUGCGACAUGUGUCUAAAAAUGUUUAUAACAAAUAUGAACUUAGAACGUCAUCGUAAAACAGUUCAUGAAGGACGAAGAGACUUCAUAUGCGACGUGUGUCAAAAAGCAUUUGGAACCAAUCAGUACUUGACAAAACACAAGAAAUUAGUUCACGAAGGAAGAAAAGACUUUGUUUGUAACGUGUGACCAAAAGCGUUAAAAUCAAAACAGAACCUAAAACUUCAUGUCAGAUCAAGUCACGAAAGACGAGAAGACUAUGAACGCAACGCGCACAAAAAAAAAUUGGAAGAAUACAGCCGUUAACAUCGCACCAUAAAAUGAUUCACAAUGGACAAAAGAAUGACGAAAUGAUACACGAAGGUGUCGAUAAUCACAAAUGCGAGCAAUGUCAGAAAAUCUGUUGAUGCAUGUAAAAGUUUAUGAAGACUCAAUUGCAGAGACUCGUAAUGUCCAUGAUCAACUUUUGCCCGAAACAUUCAAACUCCAAAUUAAAUAAUCAAAAUUUGUACUAUUGAUGAAGACAAAAAACAACAAGAAAGCGAUGUUUGCCAUGAAAAAUUCUCUCAAAGACGCCAAUUAAUGAUACACAUAUUUGCUAUUCAUCGAGCUGAUUUAGUAUUGCGCAGUUUGUAUGCUGGAAUAAUAUAAACAGUAAUAUAACGCACACUUCAAAAUUCAUCAUCAAUUAUAGGACUAUGUGAUUUUAAAUACGUAAAUAAUAAUAUACUUUUGAGUUCAUGUACAUUUGAAUUCUACAAGUAAAUAACCAUAAAUCAUCAAAUGAUGCGUAUUUAAUUUUGACAUUAUUAAAUGUAACGCUUUUUAGUUGCACUUGGAAUUAAACAGACCUGAAUUGUGACCUAUCAUUUCAUCUUUAA